AUGGAUGUUCUGGUCGAGGGUAAAAAAUGUGACCCGCACUCGGAUAAGCUGCUUGUUCCUGGGUCCAAAGAUGUUUACGUUCAGCUCGUCAUUUCCCUGGUUCUCGGCGUCUCUGCUUUCAUCGCCUUCUGUAUCCUGAGACCACGAUGGCCAAGCCUUUAUGCUGCUCGGAAGCGACACCACUCCCCCCUCAUCGCCCUUCCCACCCUCCCCGACAGCUUCUUUGGGUGGAUUCCAGCGCUGUAUAAGAUAACAGAAGAACAAGUGCUUGCUUCUGCCGGCCUUGAUGCCUAUGUCUUCCUAUCUUUUUUCAAGAUGGCUAUACGCUUGUUUACUGCCAUGUUCUUUUUCGCAGCCGUUGUCCUCUGGCCCAUCAACCACCGAUUUGUCGGUGACCUCGUCCUCCGACCCAGCGACCCGGAUAGCAACUCGUCCUUCUACUCGGCAUACACACCGUAUGAUUUAAACCUUCAUGCAUUCGUUGAUGAGGGAAAAGAAUCAGGGGGGUCGGAGGGAACGGACUUGAGAUAUCUGUGGUCGUACCUCGUCUUCACCUGGUUCUUUUCUUUCCUUACGAUAUACUACAUGAACUCGGAAACCUUCAAAAUCAUCAAGGUCAGGCAGGACUACCUUGGAACCCAGUCCACCAUCACCGAUCGUACCUUCAGAUUGACAGGCAUCCCUAAAGACUUGAGGUCCGAGGAGAAGAUCAAGGAAUUCGUCGAGAAUCUGGAAAUUGGCAAUGUCACUUCUGUGACACUUUGUCGAGAUUGGGCCGAGAUCGAUGCGUUGAUGGUAGAACGUGAUGCUGUUCUCCGGAAACUCGAAGAAGCGUGGAGCGUUUAUCUGGCGCAGAAACCAAACAGUCUCGCAGCUACUCAUGCCUCGCCUAACGUGGAUGACGAUGGAACGGCCGCCGACGAUGGCCAUGAGAACGAUGCCGAAAACGGUCGCCUGCUUGCGGGGGACAGCCUUCGGAACCUCAUGGUCGAGAGGCCGAGACCAACCACGCGGAUUCGCUUCGGCUUUUUAAAGUUGCGAAGUCGUCAAACCGACGCAAUCGACCAUUAUGAGGAGAAACUGCGCCGUAUCGACCAGAGGAUCCAGUCGGCGAGGAAGAAAGAAUAUCUGGCAAGCGCGACAGCCUUCGUAACCAUGGACUCGAUUGCUGCAUGUCAAAUGGCGAUACAGGCUGUCGUGGAUCCACGUCCUGGGCAGCUCUUGUCCAAGCCAGCCCCAGCACCCUCUGAUGUAGUUUGGAAAAACACGUACGCGUCGCCGUACAAGCGCAGAUUACAGUCGUGGCUCAUCACCAUCUUCAUCACCAUUCUUACUAUCAUCUGGCUUGCACCGGUCGGUUCCCUAGCUGCAUUCACGAGCAUAUGCACCAUUGAGGAGGUGUCACCCUCGCUCGCGGCGACUCUUCUACGGCACGAAAUCACAAAGGCCCUCGUACAGACUGCACUUCCUGUGGCGGUCAUUUCGCUCCUUAACGUCGCUGUUCCGUAUCUCUACGAUUACUUGGCGAACCAGCAAGGAAUGAUAUCCCAAGGCGACGUCGAACUCUCCGUCAUAUCGAAGAAUUUCUUUUUCACUUUCUUCAACGUCUUCCUUGUCUUCGCUGCGUUCGGGUCGGUGACUAACAUGGUGCCCAUUUUACGGGAAUCCUUCCAUGAUGCGAGGUUGCUCAUGCGAUCACUCGCGACGUCCAUCAAAGCAACGAGCAACUUCUAUCUUAACUUCAUACUGCUCCAAGGUCUGGGUCUGUUCCCAUUCAGACUCCUGCAAGUCGGCGGCGUCGCCCUUUAUCCGAUUUACCGCAUGGGUGCCAAAACACCACGGGAUUUCGCUGAGAUGGUCCAACCAACUCUCUUCAACUAUGGUUUCUACCUGCCGACCGCCUUAUUGGUUUAUAUCCUAUGCCUCGUUUACAGCAUCAUUCCAGGAUCUCACAUUGUCCUGUUGGUGGGUCUGGUAUACUUCUCGCUUGGAUAUUUCGUACAUAAGUACCAGUUGUUAUACUCGAUGGACCAACCGCAACAUGCCACUGGCGGCGCAUGGCGUAUCAUAUGCUUCCGCAUCCUCUUCGGCCUGGCUGUUUUUCAGGUCGUUAUGGCUGGUAUCCUGAGUCUGCAACUCGCUUUUACGGCAUCGGCUCUUGUGGCGCCGCUGCUCAUCAUAACAAUUUGGUACAGCUACUAUUUCAACCGACGAUUCACGCCGCUCACUCGUUUCAUUGCCCUUCGAAGCAUCAAGCGGGCGACAGACUCGGGUGUCGAGGAUAAUCCUGGGGAGUACGCAGAGCAAAGCACGCGCCAAACCAGGCUCACCAGGCGCAUGAGCACGAUUGACGAGGAUAAAGAGAAGGGGAUGAGUUUUGAGAACCCCAGCCUUGUGCUGCCUCUGCAACAGCCAUGGAUAUACAAGAACGCACCAGCGCCGCUUUCCCCGGAGGAGUCGGCGAAUGCGACCACAGAAAGCAACAUGGAAAGAGACGGCGAUGUACCGACUCCGGGGACGGAGAAUGGGGCGGUACAUCUGGGCUUGGGCAGUGGUUCGAGCUCUUUCAGCCUGGGAGAUACUCAUGUUUGGCGAGAGAGCGGGGGAAACAAUAUGUAA